AUGAAGCUGCUUCUGUCCAUUUUAAUUUGCAUCACCGCAGUCUCCUUCACAUACUGUCCUUCAAUCCAGGACUCCUUCACCACAUUUUUACAAGAGCACACACCAACAAGCCUGUCACAUUUCUUCGCAAAGAAAAUUAGCAGCAACAGUGCACACUCGGAACUUGAAUUGGAUAGCCAACCCCCUCCAGUCGUUCUUCCCAUUACCAACAUGUCCGCCGCGCGCGCAAUUCGUCAAGUCUUCCUUGCCGUCGAGCAAGCAGAGGGUGCCGGCGCCCGCGUGCGCCGUUCCAUCGGAACAGCCAAGUUGCGCAACUUCAGCCCCUUCCUCAUGCUCGAUCACGUCACCAUCGGCAAGGGCGCCGGUUUCCCCGACCACCCCCACCGUGGCCAGGAAACUAUCACCUAUUUGCUCUCCGGAGGCGUCGACCACGAGGAUUUCGCAGGUAACAAGGGUACCAUUGGACCUGGUGAUUUGCAAUUCAUGACUGCCGGCCGCGGCAUCAUGCAUGCUGAAAUGCCUCACGAGAACCCCGACGGUAGCCCCAGCGUCGGCAUUCAAUUGUGGGUUGACUUGCCCAAGAACCUGAAGAUGUGUGAGCCUCGAUACCGGGAUCUGCGCGCUUCUGAGAUCCCCCUCGCGACGGCCGACGACGGCCGUGUCUCGAUCAAGGUGAUUUCCGGCCAGUCGCACGGCGUGGAUUCUGUCCGUGACCUUGCGUACACCCCAGUCUGGAUCUUGGAUGUUACCAUCCGCCCUGGUGGUCGUAUCUCGCAACCUUUGCCUCAGGGUUGGAAUACCUUUGCUUAUACCCUUUCGGGUGACGCAAUAUUCGGAUCAAAUGACUCGACCCGUGUCGUGAAGGAAUUUCACAAUGUCGUUUUUGAACAGUCUGGGGAUUAUGUCGAGGCCUCUGUUCCUGAUAAUGCCGAGUCGGAAGCUCGUUUCUUGAUUAUUUCGGGCCAGCCGCUUGAUCAGAAGAUUGUCCAGUACGGUCCUUUUGUGCUGAAUAGCCAGCAGGAAGUUUAUCAGGCUAUGGUUGAUUUCCAGACUGCUUCCAAUGGCUUUGAGAAGUCACGGAACUGGCAGAGUGAGAUUGGAAUGCGCAUGGCUCACUAG